UCCGCAGCCUUUCAAUCAGUUUUGCCAAUGGCCGCCCCAUUGUUUUUUCUUUCGUUUUAAUCUGGCGGAUGGGAUGCUAAAAUUCCGGCCUCCCGUCGUCGGAAGAACAACCAGUUUCGUCGAUUCGUUGAUCGGAUUCGCGAUUUUUUGAUGAACAAAGGUCGGAAGUUAACUACGAGUCGCAGCGAGCGUUAUUUGGGGAGCCUCGGUCGCAAUCAGGGCCAUGGAUCGAUGAUCGGCGGCGCGUCGGAGCUCGUGGAGGCGGACGUUUGGUCGGCCGUCGAUGAUGCGCGCAACGAGGAUGAUCGAUCGGAGAACGGGGAGUGGCCGCCGCGCGCAUCCGCGGAGAGCACCGGAGGUUUCGGCGUUUACAGAAACCGUCGCGCCGGCGGCGACCACCGCCACGUCGGCGGCCUGUCAUUGGCUUUCGACGAUUCCGUCAACGCUCCGCCGCAGAGGAUCGUGCACCAGUACCAUCGUCCGCAGGGCAGCGCGGCGGAGCCUCCAAUCGGGCGGCGGCUCGGCACCUCUGUUCCGGUGAACGUCCCUGACUGGUCUAAAAUCUACCGAGUUGACUCGGUCGAGUCGAUGCACGACUCCGACGACGGGUUGGACGAGUCGGAGGUGGUGCCGCCGCACGAGUACUUGGCGCGCAGCCGCCGGAUCGCCGCCCACUCGGUGUUCGAAGGCGUCGGCCGAACUCUCAAGGGCAGGGACCUGAGCCGGGUUCGCGAUGCGGUUUGGAGCCAGACCGGGUUCGAUGGUUAACCGUACGAGCCAACGGUCUGUAUGGUGAAUGAGUGUAUGUAUGAUUAAUCAUUGCUAUUAAUUAAUUAUUGAGACAAAAUCAUUAAUCAUAAUAAGUUUAGUAGCAUUAAAUAAUAAUAAUAAUAAUAAUAAUAAAAUGAAUAGCCAAUGUUUGUUUUCUA